UCAACGCCUCUGAUUUUUCGUCAUAGGCACUACCGACUACCUAAUCAAGCAAAUUCACGCCAUGGAUGCCUCAAAUUCCAAUGCCGUAUUUGUAGAAGACCUGGAAGUAAUUGGCCUCAAAUUUUUCAGCGAUGGUUCCUUUUCUCGCUACGAUCCCCCAGACAUCUCAGCCCCCCAAUCUCCCGAAGCCUCGUUAGCGGAGGACAAAGGAGUCGCCUCCAAAGACGUAACGUUGGACAGCGAUCUGGGCCUGUGGGUGCGCAUCUACUGUCCUCUCGAUGCCGCCGCCAAGCACCAAAGCCUGCCCGUUUGCCUGUAUUUCCACGGCGGGGGCUUCUGCAGAGGAAGCGCAUCGUGGAAACCGUUUCACGCGCUGUGUAUACGCAUAGCAACGGCUGCGGGAGCGAUCGUGGUUUCAGUCAAUUACAGGCUGGCUCCCGAGCACCGCCUCCCCACCGCCUACGAUGACUCCGCCGCCGCACUCUCUUGGCUGCGCUCUGGCGGCGCAGAGGAUCCCUGGCUGCGCCGCCAUUCCGAUUUGUCGAGGAUUUUUCUGGUGGGCGACAGUGCGGGGGGCAACGUUGUCCACCACGUUGGCCUUCGGGAGCCCUCCUCCUGGCGUGGUCUGGUUAUGGUGCAGCCCUCCUUUGCGGGAGAGGAGCGCACUGCUUCUGAGGCGGAGUCGCCCCAGGCGACCAAGUAUAGCGACAAGUCGUUGCCGGUGGGGGCCACCAGAGACCAUCCCUUCUGCAAUCCGUUGGCCACGGAUGCGUUGCGCGAGUUGCUGGAGAGGGCAACGUUGCCUCCUCUGUUUGUUGUCAUUGGGGGGCGUGAUAUUAGGAGGGAUCGAGAGAGAGAUUAUUGCGAGCUUUUGAAGAAGUACGGCAAGGAUGUUAAGGUGCUCGUGUUGGAGGAAGAAGACCACGGUUUUUAUGCGCUGACACCGGAGUCUGAGAACACCGAGUUGCUCGUUCAAGAGAUCGCGUUGUUUGUUAAGGUCAAUUCUUAGGGUGGACAUUUGACUUACGAGUAGAGCCCACUUCUGCCUUUCCAUCCUUCAUAGAUUCUUGAACUGUUACUUGCUCAACUACGUUCCUUCCUUUCUUUAGUUUCGUUUGUGUGGUUUUCCGGUUUUUUUAAUCUUAGUUAUGUAAGUCCUUUUUUUAUUUAAUUUAUUAGUCUAGGGCUAAUUAUUUCAUGAGGCUA